CUGCCUCUGGCUCAGCCCCACAGUCCUAGACACAGUAUACACAGCAGACACUAGACACACAGCCUCAGCCCACAAGGAAACAAAAGGAGCUGCCUGGGUUUCCAUGGCUAAGGCCAGCACCUUCAUACCGGGGCUGAACCGUCAGAGCCCUCAUUAUAUCCCGGGGUACACUGGACACUGCCUACUACUUCGGUUCAGCAUUGGCCAGACCUAUGGGCAGAUGACAGGUCAGCUACUUCGAGGCUCCCCUGGCUUGGCCUGGUCCCCUGAUCAUCACACACUUCUGCCUCCUAUUUGGCCUCCAAGAUCUCCCAAGCUCCCCAGGGGAGGCCUGCCUGUCAGGCAUGGGAAUGAAAGGCUUAGCUCCAGCAUGAUCCCUGGGUACAUAGGUUUUGUACCACAGGCACAGUUCAUCUUUGCCAAGAACUGCAGCCAGGUCUGGGCUGAGGCUCUGAAUGACAUUACGCAGGCGCAUGAAGGACAAGGGAGUCAAGAACUGCCAAAGGAGGCCAAGGAAGAAAAAGACACAGAGAAAGACCAAGAGCCAAACCCAGGGGCAGAAAAGGAGCCAGAGCUGGAGCAGGAGGCAGAACAAGCUUCCCCCUAUUCCAUGGAUGACAAAGAUCCUCGCAAGUUCUUCAAGUCAGGCUUCACAGGUUAUGUGCCCUGUGCCCGCUUCCUCUUCAGCUCCAGCUUUCCUGAGCUCACCAACCAGGCACUUAAGGAAUUUGGACAGAUGUACUCACAGGGCAGACCCCAGAAGGAUCCCAAACAUCUCCCCCUACUUUCCAGGACCUACCCUCCAAACCUGGGCCUUUUACCUAACUACAGAGGCUAUGUGCCAGGCUAUAAGUUCCAGUUCGGCCACACAUAUGGGCAUCUCACUCAGGAUGCUCUGGGCCUCAGCACCCUCCAGAAGCAGCUGCUGGUGUAGGCACCUGGACUCCCAGUCUCUUUUUCCUUUUCAUCCUAUCCCAGGCUCCUUUUGGAAGAAAGAGAGGUGGGCUGCAGGGUGGGCGGAGGGGCA